UCGGCGCGAGCUUGACGCUGUCCUAUUCCAGAGGAGGGCGAGUUCAGCGAAAAUCCAGUCACCCUGUCACUCAUAAUUAAAGAACCACGGCUGGAGUCAACUGGUAGGGAAAAAGCUCGGCCCGCGGAGGUACUUCAUUCGUGGCUUGUUAUUGUUGUUGGACCUCGCGGUAGCGGCGGCUCCCCCUGCUCCUCCUCCACUACAGCAGCACACGGCGAAAACUAUGAACCGGCGCGGCGCGGUGGGACCUUCGCCUCGCGUCCCGCCAACCGGGAAUCGCAGCACUUUUUCGGGCUUCAACUACUAAAGGCACGACCACAACAAAACGCAGCGCGUGAUAGCCUUCCAUUUUCGUUUUAUUAUUAUUCUUAUUUUUUUUUUUUGGGGUGGUGCGUUUGUAGAAUAAAGCGUCACCGGCGAGGCUCGUCCAACGUUUGUUCGACAUUUCGACUACCACCAGGCGACUUUCGAAGGACUCACUGGCACAAAGAGGACACUCCCAAACCGGAGAGUUCCAUUCUAUUGCCGAACUCCCAGACGGGGAGAAGCCAGCGAGCGGCAGCUAUGAGCGGGGGGGACGUUGUGUGUUCAGGGUGGCUGCGAAAGUCUCCGCCGGAAAAAAAGUUGCGACGUUACGCAUGGAAGAAGCGGUGGUUCAUGCUUCGCAGUGGCCGUUUAACAGGCGACCCAGAUGUGCUGGAGUACUACAAGAAUGACCAUGCCAAGAAGCCCAUCCGCGUGAUUGACCUCAACUUGUGUGAACAGGUGGAUGCCGGGCUGACGUUUAACAAGAAGGAUUUGGAGCACAGCUUCAUCUUUGACAUCAAGACCAUCGACCGUGUCUUUUACCUUGUGGCUGACACGGAGGAGGAGAUGAACAAGUGGGUGCGCUGCAUCUGCGACAUCUGUGGCUUCAACCCCACCGAUGACGAGGCUGCCAAAGCUGGCCAGCAGUCUGCCAUCGGGGGCCUGGUGGUGGACACCCCUCCGCACACGGCACUCGGCAACUUGGUGGGCCAGCCGGCGGCGGUCCUGACUGCCGUGCCGCCUCCCUACCAGCCAGUCAGCGUGCGGCAUCUGGACUCUCAAUCCAGCACUGAGGAGCCCCAGGACUACCUGUGGCUGGUCAACUGUGAGAGCAAAAAGCCCGAUGCCAACAGAUCCCACACUGAGUGUUCCAAGUCUACCUCCUCCGAGACGGACCUAAACGACAACCUCCCGUCGCACCGAACGCCCACGUCGUCCACGUCAUCAGCCAAGCACUGCUCUCAGAACGGCUUUUUUGCCGGGCACCCGGCCCCCGCCUCCGCUUCGUCCCUAUACGACUCCCCGCCAUCACGGGGCGCCUCCCUCCUGAGCGAUAACGGCCUCUACCACCUGCCUCGCAGCUACUCUCAGGACACCGUGCUGCUCCCCAAGUCUGCAUCGUCCCCCACGUCACACCCAGAAGUCUGCGGCGAGGGGUCUGAGCUUUAUGUCUUUAACACCCCCUCACGAAAGCCCUCCGUGGAGACGCAGAUGCGCAAUUUGUCCAUCAGUUAUGACAUCCCGCCCACGCCUGGCGCAAACUCUACCUACCAGGUCCCCCGCACCAUGUCGUCUUCGGAAGGCGGGGGAGACGUCGUGCCCCCUCCAAGGCCACCCAAGCCCACCUCCGGACCCCCGCCCGCCCCCGCCGAGCGCUCCCCCACAGACACUUAUUACAUGCCUCGCUCGGCCUCAGAGACCGACGGAAACUACUGUGUGCCUACUAGUGCUUGCAGUAAAGCUUUACGCAGCAACACUAUUGGAACUGUCGACUGUUCGCGGCUACGCAAAGAUUUUGGUUCCCAGGACUGCUAUGACAUUCCCAGAUCCUUCCCAUCUGACAAGAGCUGCUCAUUCGACUUCAACGAAAGUUUCAACAGCUACUUUAAAAAUAAAGGCAUGAUGCCUGUGGGCAGCCAGUCCACAGAAGAGGUGGACCAGAACUACGUCCCCAUGAGUGCCAAUUCCCCAUCCCACCACCACUCAGGCAGCCUGUCGGAACCUGUGCAUGAGACAAACUAUGUGCCCAUGACGCCCAGCACCAUGGAGUUCUCCUCACUGGGGAAGCAAGUGCCGCCUCCGGCCCACAUGGGUUUUCGUUCCAGUCCCAAAACUCCGCCGCGGAGGCCCCUGCCCAACGACUGCCAGCCGCCGCCUGUGGACCGCAACCUCAAACCGGAUCGCAAAGGUCAGAGUCCUAAAGUAAUAAGAGCAAAGGGGGUCGGUUUAGAGCGAAGCGACUCCCAAACUGUAGGCGAGUUCCCACGGGGACGACGCAAGGGAAAACCUGCGCCACUGGAGAUCAAACCUGUGCCCGAAUGGGAGGAGCCAUGCACGCCGGUCCGCUCGCCUGUCACUCGCUCCUUCGCACGGGAUCUCUCUAGGUUUCCCAUGCCCGCCCGGCCCCCGUCAGUGCAUAGCACCGCCUCCAGCACUGACUCCGAGGACAGUGAUGAGAAUUAUGUAGCCAUGCUCUCUAAUAUGAAGAACCAGUCAGAUGAACCAAGCACGAAGCUGAUGCCGAUGACUGUGGACGGCGGGAGUAGCCCCAUGGUGAAGCCCAAGGGAGACAAGCAGGUGGAGUACUUGGAUUUGGACCUGGACUCCGGCAAGUCCACUCCACCUCGGAAGAUGAAGAGCAACGGCUCUGGGAUGGCAGUGUCGGAUGAGCGCGUGGACUACGUGGUGGUGGACCAGCAACGGACACAAGCCCUUAAAAACACCCGUGAGGCCUGGAACGACGGGCGCCAAUCCACAGAGACGGACACAACUUCCAAAGGAACCAAGUGACCUAAUUUUUGUCGGGUUUGUUUCGCACCCGGAGCCCUCGUCCUUCGCGGCACUUCCGUAGCCACUCCGCCAUCUAGAAUUUGCACUGCCGGCAGGAUUCUGCGGAAGUCGGCAGAGCGACCGGACCAAUCGGGAUCAUCCGUCAACACUUUUACUAGCAGGGUUUUCUAUCACCACUGGUCCAAGGAUGUCAGUUGCGAACAGCGGCCAGAAAGCGCUCGGAAACUGGACAAAACUUGUAGGUGUCGACAAGUGCGUCAGUUUGAGUUUCACUUGUGGUUCGAAUCCGUUGAGGUGGCGGACGACUGUACAAAAAGUGUUAUGUACAUAAAUCGGAAGAAGUGUCCUUUUUAUCCAUAUGGAAUAUUUAGCAUGUUCGACUCCGAAGGUGCGCAGAUUCUGCAGGGUAGAAUCCUGCCGGUAUGGUGACGACGUACCGUUGUUGUUGAUCAUAGUGAUUAUCGGACGCAUUUACUGUGAGCUUUUCCAACAACCCCCGCCACUUUUUUCCUCAAAGUUACGCGAAAGUGAUGUAAAAAGUUCCAAGCGUCGAAAUAAGGUACGCAUACUAAUGAACUGUAAAAGUCGUCACUAAUUUAUUUUAACGCUGUAUUCUGUGGACGUACAAUUUUUCUGAACGUUUUCAGUCCGUUCGCCUCAUUUCUGACCUUUUCUUUGGUUUAUUUCAGACUAUUGUCAGGAACAGGAACACAAAAAUGGCCUUACUAACCUGUGAAACAUCCCACGUGUGUGCCGUCGUAGCUGUACAUAUUUUUUUGCAAUUGAUUCGAUUUCAAGUGUAUCUUUUUUUUUUAAACGUGCCUACUAAAAAAAAAAGUCACCUUUGUUGGACCUUCAGCAGUUUCUUUGUGAUAAUGAGCUGCCAAGGGAAUGACGCCUUACCUUUUUUUUUUUUUUUUUAAAUCUUGCGAGAAAAAUGUACAUAUU